ACCUACCUACCUCCACCCACCACUUGUCAGCCAGCCAGGAAUGGUAGAAUCUGCUUUACAAGGCAAUCCAUUGUGUUUGGUGCCUGCUCAAAUUAUUAGAAAAUAGGCAAGGACCGAAGUCCUUUUGGAGGAUGGGGCCUUGUUGCAUGGGGCCUGUUUGGGGUGAAGGAUGAUCCUUGGGGAUGGGACCAGGGUCUGGUGGUGUGGACAGUACAGCCACUAGAGCCCUUUAGGGAGGCGGGGUUAUGCCAAAGCCAAGUGAGCAGCAGCCACAGGAAGGAGGAGACAAAAAGUGGAUUUGGCAUGCAUUUGUUCUUCAAACUUUCCUUUGCUUCUUGUGAAUUGUCCACUCUCUGCAGUUUCAUAGCCUCUAUCUGAAAAGUUCAGAGUGUGAUCCCCCGCUCCCUUACUAUGUUCAUUCUACCUGUUGGAGCACUGUGCUGGGUGCCAGAGAAACCAAGAUGGCUAAGAUGUUCUCUGCCCUCUCAGGGCUCAUACAGAAGUGGGAGUGUGUGGGAGACUAAUUUAUAAAUAGUUGUCAUAACAGGUGUGUGCUGAGUAGUGAGGAUUCCUGGCACUGGCAGAAAAAAAGAGAUGGGCCAGGAGAGGGUGCCCUUGUGUGAUACCCUGUCUGCUAGACUAGUCUGAGAACAGGGGCUUUGUCCUAUUUUCCUUUGUAUUCCCAGGACCAUGCAUGAUGCCUGGCACCUAGCAUAUAGUAAAAUUUGUGGCACUGCAGAUUCUAUAAGGUUUAGGAGGAGCUGGGGGUGGGGGUGGGGGAUGUGCUCUUCACACCCAGGAACCACAGAGGCAGCACUUUGGGUGGAGGAGCUUUGGUUUGUGGAGCUCCUUGAGUUCCUUCUCUUCUAGGUAGGGAGCUGCUUAAGGAGUGAGCUCUGCUCAGGUGUGGUGUUCCUCCAGCAUCUGUCACCCCAUUACAGCCCCAAGGCUGCACUUUUUUUCUUACAGCAAUCCACAGCUCCCUUAGAUAGGCUUUACAAUGGUGUACAGUCAGUCACAUCUUUCUUGCUAUUCUUCAAGAUAGCUUUUUUUUUUUUUCUUUUGGGCUAGGAAAUUGAAUAGUGGGGCAUUAUACAUGCAUGACAAUGUGGUUGUUAAGUAGCUGUUCCCUGGUUUCUUUCUGAAGUAGAAAGACCCCUGGGACUUUUAUUUUGAGACUUAGAUGCUUCAGAUCUCCCCCACUUCUUUGGAUAUAGCCCCAACAGUCAUCCAAGUCCAGACAACAGUCUGAACUCAAGGCCCUAAAAGUCACUCAAGUCCAGCCAACAGUGUUCAGUCCUCAGGGGAAUCACUUAACUCUACUCGGGAGCAAAUGGCUUGGGUGGGUCUUUCCUCAUAGUAAACUCUGCAGCCUGGUAGGUUAUCAGCCUGGGAGAGGAAGCAGAUUGUGUCUGUCCUGAUCAACCAACUCCGUGAGGCUUUUGCAAGUCUUUCUGACCCUGCCGUCUCUCUCAGUGCACCUGCUGAACCCUUCAUAGCCCCUGCAGUCAGUUUAGUUCAACUGUCUAGCAAGAAAGAAUUUUUCAUCUCGCAUGUGGGACCUUUCAAACUGUUUUGUCACCAUAAGUGUGUUUAAAGAGGGAAAGCACAUCUACUCUCCUUAAACCAGAAUUCUUACUUAACACCUUUCUACAUGAUUUGGAAGACACCUCCAAGUGCUUGUGCAUUAUUUUGUCAUAGCUAAUUAGUCUUAGAAUAGUGAACUGUAUAUUGUUUUUCCUUUGGGCUACGCAGUGGACUUGUAAAGGACUUUGGAAUACGCCACCUUAGUUUAGAUUCAGCCCAAGUCAGCUGGAGACUUUCUAUGUAAAGGAUCACCAGUCUUCUUGAAUGAUCUUCUGACCUUCAGCUAUACCCUAAGCUCUUCUGGGAGGAGGUACAGCUCUGCGUUUUCUGAUUUCGAACUGAUGAUGUGCUCAUUCAUAUCUUGUAUGAGACGAGUAAGGCAGAAAAUUUUCUCUCAUUUGCCAAGGGUUGUCUGAAUUAUUUUGCAUGGCCUUGUUUUUUUAGAAUAAAUUUUACAACAUUUUACAUUUUCUAUGUAGUUUGUUUCUUUUGCUUCUUUGAUUACCUUCAUGAGGGGUUUAUGAGGGUUAUUAGGCUAGGGUUGAGGGCCCUCUGUCAAGACUCUCAGGCUCCAAAGUUCUUCCCUCCUCCCACGGUUCUUAACCAGUGUUUGGGUCAUAAAAAUCUGUUGUAAGCUCUGGGCCCACCCUCACUCCCCACCCGCAACAGUGCAGUCAUGUACUGUACCCUUGAGGAUCCUCAGACCUCAGGUGCCCCCUCCCCCAGCCUGGAAGCUGCCUCUCAUCAAAGGCUGGGGGCUCAUUUUUUUUGUCCAGUAGUAAGAUUUCAAAGAAAUCAGCAUGAAAACUCUAGAGCUGAGGGGUAAAUUUUGGAAACCUGAUUGAGAAAGGAAGCAGAAUGAUCACAGUAUCAUCUGGAGAUCCAUGCUCCAUACCUGAUGUUCUGGGAGAGCAGCUGAAGAGGACUGGUCUUUCUUCAAGUCGUUCUGCAUAUUGGAACGACAGAAAGCAUGCUUUGAGUUGCCAUCGGAUGAAGCCAGCUCUCUUCAGUGUGCUCUGUGAGAUCAAGGAAAAGACAGUGUUAAGCAUCCAUGGCAUUCAGGAGGAAGGGCCCCCCAGUGCUCAGCUCAUGAGGUUGGAUAACAUGCUGCUGGCCGAGGGUGUAUCCAGGCCGGAGAGGCGAGGAAGAGGAGGAUCGGCGGCAGCGGCGAGCACAGCAACACCAGGUGGCUGUCCAAAUGACAAUAGCCUUGAGCACUCUGACUACAGGGCCAAGCUGUCCCAGAUCCGACAGAUUUACCACUCUGAGCUAGAGAAAUAUGAACAGGCCUGCCGUGAGUUCACCACGCACGUCUCCAACCUCCUCCGGGAGCAGAGCAGGAUGAGGCCUGUCUCACCCAAGGAGAUUGAGCGCAUGGUCGGUGUCAUCCACGGCAAGUUCAAUGCCAUCCAGAUGCAGCUGAAGCAGAGCACCUGUGAGGCUGUGAUGACCCUGCGUUCACGGUUCCUGGAUGCCAGGCGCAAGCGGAGGAACUUCAGCAAGCAGGCCACUGAGGUGCUGAAUGAGUAUUUUUACUCCCAUCUGAGCAACCCUUACCCCAGUGAAGAAGCCAAAGAAGAGCUGGCCAGGAAGGGCGGCAUCACAGUCUCCCAGGUCUCCAACUGGUUCGGCAACAAAAGAAUCCGAUAUAAAAAGAAUAUGGGGAAGUUUCAAGAAGAGGCUACCAUUUAUACGACUAAAAUGGCAGUCGACACCACCAAAGUCGGGAGUCUGGGGGGCCAGGCUAGCUGCCCAUCAACACCCAGCUCGGGUUCCUCUGGUCCCUUCCCGCUGACCAGUGCCGGGGAUGCACUUAUCACCCUGCAGACCCUGACCUCUCUCCGCCCCGCCCCUGCGGGAAGCGGUUUACAGUCCCAGGCCCGGGGCGGCUGGCAGGGAGCCGCCCCCCCAGUGUCCACCGCUUCGCCUGCUGGAGACCUCAGCAGCGUCAACUCAGAUGCAUCUAAUUAAGUUUUGGGGACCGGGUGGCUGGCCGUGGUUCACGGGCACUCGAGUCUUUACUGCCCGCGCCUCUGAUUACCUCAAAAACCCAGGACUGCAGCAGGCGACGGGCACCAUCCUUUGCUUGCCGCCUGGGAUCUGAAAUGGGCUGAGAUGCUGCUCAUUUUCUCAAUUCAUUUUGGUUUUUUAAUAGUAAUUUUAUGCUAAGACUGUGAAUUGUUUCUUCUAGGACUUGUCACAAAUUCUCUCAUUAAAAUUUCGGACUUAUUUUC